UUCAUCAUGGUUAAAAAUGUGUUCUUAUGAAGUAUAUUUUGGUCUCCAAUCUAUUGUGUACAACAUCCAAUUUCCAUAUGACCACAUUCAGGGUUUUCUCCAGGUUUUUAUUUAGCAGGCAUUGAUAAAAAAAAAAAAUCUGAAUAGUACAAAGAUGAAUAGUUUCCCUGGGAAGCCAUCUACCUGUAACAUUGCUCUCCUCCUUUGUUUAAUUCCAUUGUAGAUACCUGAUAAAAACCCUCUGUCUUUGUAUUACCUCUAUCCGGUUUUAUGAUAUUUGUCAGUAACUGGCUCAAAAAAAUCUGAUGUCUAGGAAAAGUUUCCAUUUCAUUUGCAUUUCCCCCCAGGUGCACAUAGACUGGAAUGGGGAAAUACGUUGAUGUCAUCACUAUGAAAAUUUGAAGAAUCCAUUUUAAUAUUUCCACUUCAUUGGUACAGCUGUCUUGUGUUGGUUGUCAGUGAAAGUGAAACGUCACUGCUUAUGUAUUUUUGACAUCUAUGACGUUAUCGAAAAAAAAAUAUUAUUGUCAAAUGCCAAACCGUCACAUAAGCUUAUUUUAAGCGGUUAGUUGUGUCUAGUUAUUUUAUUGAGUCCUUUGGAAAUAACUGUUUUUGAUACGGUAGGCAACUGAAUUAUCUAAACAUCCAGCCGUGUGUAAAGCAAACCAAGUAAGAGGUAAGGUAGCCUAGAAAGGGUAUGCAUAUAAUUUACAGACAAAUUAUUAAUUAAUUUAUCUUCCGUAAUACGUUUUGUUUAUCUGCUGUGGAAAUGAAAAGAAUCAUAGGCAACUACAUACCAGAAAGAAUAGGCCUUUAGGACCUUGCGGUUUUGCGUCCAACUAAACUGUUUCCAUAGCAGUAUCAGACAAACCCCAGAGAUAACUUCGUCAACUAGAUGUCGACUGCGUGUAGCCCAGUGUUCCUAUUUAACACAGUUAACUUUUUAAAUUAUCAUUUCUUUCAUUUUAAAUAAUUUAUCAUCAUGAUUUUCCGUUGCUUUCCUGUUUCCUCAUGUAGUUUGAAAAUCUUUCGUCAGGUGAGCUGAAAAGUCACCUGCCAGACUAGUUAAGGCAACCUGAAAUAAUGGAAGAGCGCAUUCAGCAUCCAAGAAGUGCGAGUCUAGCAAAGUGAGUGUGCCCUUGAGAUUGGACGCUGAUGAACAGUGAAAAGAUGAGCUGCUGUGCGCGGCACCUGAGGCGGACCGGCCCGGCCCACGCGGGCAACGGCAACGAGCUGGUGACGGAAGCACCGCUCUCGCGCCAGAAUGGCUGGUCCCUGCCCCCCCAGACCCCACAGUUGGUGGCCUGGUCCACCUACACCUUCUUCGUUAUCGUUGGCUUUGGCAUCUACAUACCACUGCUGCCCUCUCCAUGGAAGUGGGUGGCAUAUGGUCUGAUUGGUGCCGCCUUCUUUCUGCACCUGGUUACCCAUAUUGCAUCUGUGUCUAUAGACCCAGCUGACCCCAGUGUCCGUGUCAAGAACUACUCCAGUCCCACACCGAUUUAUGAUAAACACAAACACGCCCAUGUCAUCCACAACCAACAUUGCUACCUCUGUGAGGUUGACGUAGGACCUAAAGUUAAACACUGCCGCACUUGCAACAAGUGUGUUGCAGACUUUGACCACCACUGCAAAUGGCUCAACAACUGUGUAGGAGGGAGGAACUACUGGUUUUUCUUUACGACCGUUUUGACUGCAUUCAUCGGGUUGUUUCUGCUGGUUCUCAUUGUUCUGUUCGUCUUCAUCGAGCACUUUGUGAACCCAGCCGUUCUCCGUACCGCCCCUCAGUUUCAAAGUGUGAAGGACAAUUCGACAUGGCUCGUGUUUCUGCCGUUGGCUCCAGUGGAAACCAGCUCUGCUGGUCUGUUGACGGUGGCCGCCUUUACCUUCCUGCUGGGGGGGUUUUGCCUGAUGCUCUUGGCCCACUUACUUGGAUUUCAUUUCUAUCUCUUGUGGAACAAGAUGAGCACAUUUGAGCACAUAGUGAAAAAGCGGCAGGAACAGAGCUCUCAGGAUGUUGAAUCGGGGGUCAAGCAACCCUCACCCAAGAUUGAAGUAUCGACUAAGAAACAGACUCGUUCUAAAUCUACUGACUGUGAAUCAGCCAUACCCCGUCAUACCAGCCUAUUCAGAUACGCUGACGAGAAACAACUAGGCUCUCACCUCACUGAGGUCAUUUGUUCAGAGAUGAAGCAUAUUAAGCCAUCAUCAUCUGGUGUGGACCGCGUUUACCACAGUACUAAACAGAAGAAACCAGGUGAGGUGACCCUUCAUGACUCAGAGAAACAGAAGGUGGCGAGUGCCGAGCAUGGGAGAGAGAAGUCAGUGGAGGGGAUCCCUGUUGUCCAGGACCCCCUGGGCAGCUCCGCCAUGAGCACCGCAGCGGUCGAGCAGCAGCUGAGAACGGACGCCAGGUCAGAGUCUGCCCUCUCCAGCAGUGAAGGGGCCGGCGGGGAGGGGCCUCCGCUCGACAGGAAGUCCUGCUGACCUGGAGCAGGCGAGGGUUAUUUGAGAAUGGACAUAACUGCUGGGCCUGGAUUUGAACUUUGGACUGGACUGGAUUUGGAUUUAUAUGGAUGAAGAUAUUUUUGCACACUGGAUUAUUGGACGUUUUCAUGGAGAGAAGUGAAGUUUGAGCUGAUCUUUUCGAGCACGGAUUAUGGACACUGGCUGGACCCGUCUUGCACAUUCAUUUUUUAAAUGUAUGCACACUUGAAUACUUUUAUUUAGAUAAUAAAAAAAUAAAUGAAUGUCUUAACAUUAA